GGCAGCAGAGGGGAGGGGAGGCUCCAUGCUGUUUAUAAAAAUCCAAGCUUGAGAAUCCCCGACUCCACAAACUCACCACACACACAUUCAUCCUCACACACACACACACACACACAUUCAUCAUCACACAUCUGCUCCCUCUCUCUCUCUCUCCGGCUCCCUCCAUCCCGGUGGACUCUGGCAUCCUCCCGUCUUCUUCUCACAAGUCAGAGAGUGUUUGGAAGUGCGCUCCGAAUGUCUUCCCGCCCGCGCUCCCUCAAAAGUGUGCGACUGACGGACUGACUCGAGCGAGCGCAGCCGGGAGGUCCGUCAAGUGUAUGUGGGUCUUUGCCGGGCGCACCCCCCGCCGCUCCGCCUCUCGCGCCCCUCCUCAGGAUCCGCGGGUCCUCUUCCUCCGCGACAGGCUCCCCACACCAAGCGGUCACCAUUUCCGCCCCCGGGAGACCCACGCUGGCCGCUCAGCCCCUUCCCCGACUCAGCAUCGGGAGGAAGACCCUGGUGGCGGCCGCUGUGGGGGUUAUGCUGGUCCUGGUCCUGGUGGUGCUCAUCCCCGUGCUGGUCAGCUCCGUGGGCACAGACCCCAGCCACUAUGAGAUGCUGGGCACCUGUCGGAUGGUGUGCGACCCCUACCUGAACAAGGGCACCCCCAGCAGCAGCACCAGCUCCACGGGGCUCCAGGCGGAGGCGGAGGCGCUGAGCGACCACGGCAACGUGCUGCCGCCCUCCACGCUCCUGCAGGGCCCGCAGGGGAAGCCGGGCAGGCCGGGGAAGCCGGGGCUGCCCGGGCCACCGGGGGAGCCGGGGCCGCCCGGACCGGCGGGGCCUCCCGGUGACAGAGGGGACCAGGGCAGGACCGGGGUUUUGGGCUUGGGAGGGAACGGAGCUAUCAGCACCGCCACCUACAGCACGGUGCCCCGGGUGGCCUUCUACGCCGGCCUCAAGAACCCGCACGAGGGCUACGAGAUCCUCAAGUUCGACGACGUGGUCACCAACCUGGGCAACAACUACGACGGCAUCGCCGGGAAGUUUGUGUGCAGCAUCCCGGGCACGUACUUCUUCAUCUACCACGUGCUGAUGAGGGGAGGGGACGGCACCAGCAUGUGGGCCGACCUCUGCAAAAACGGGCAGGUACGAGCCAGCGCCAUCGCCCAGGAUGCGGACCAGAACUACGACUACGCCUCCAACAGCGUCAUCCUCCACCUGGACGCAGGGGACGAGGUCUACAUCAAGCUGGACGGCGGCAAAGCGCACGGCGGCAACAACAACAAGUACAGCACCUUCUCGGGCUUCAUCCUCUACGCGGACUGAGGACGAUCGGUCACACUGACUGAAAAGGAAAGAGAGUUGUGGGGUGGAGAGGAUGUGUGUUCAAAUGCCUUCUAAGUUCCCACUCUUUCUUCUUAUUCUUCUUCUCUCCAUCAUCAUCAUGGAUGACCUUGGCAACCAUGAGACCUCCGGGCGCUGCGGUUGAGGCCUGGACACACUGGCAGAGGGAUGCCACAAGGAUUUUUGUG